ACAUGUACUUCCUUUACUGCAAAUAGUUGGUUUCAGUAUCUGGAAUCUAAUUUUCAUUUGUUUAAUACAGAGGAUGUGAAAUGAACCGGGGGAUUUUCCUCGUCCUUGUGGCCUUAGCUGUAUACGGUACAGAUGCCGGGAGACGGAAGCGAGAUUUGACCCAGUUCGAUCACAUGAUCUAUUCGUCCACUGGCCGUGACCCCUUUGAGUUCAUCGACCAUGGAAAUUGGUGCGAUCUCGGCGGAAACGGAAGUGUGGUAGACGCCAUUGAUGAAUGCUGUUUUCAUCAUGAUAAUUGCUAUGCCGUAAUCAUUGGAAUACCAGCAUGUGGACGUGUUUACACCACCAAAUACAACUUCAAUAUCAGCAAAGGGGAAAUCGAGUGUCAUGACGAACGUCCCUGUGAGAGGGCGCUGUGUAACUGUGACAGAAGGGCUUCACUAUGUUUCCAUGCCAACCGUAAGGCCUACAACAGUACAAACAAAGGAAUACUGGCGAAACUCAUUUCAAAGUUAUUAGAAGGCUUCUCCAUAAAAACAGAUUCCAAUUCAAGCGGAAUGAUUGAAAUGAAAAUAAAAAAUGGAAAUGAUACAUAAUGAUAGCAUGGAAAAUGAUUUUAAGAAU